CCACCGACCAACCAAAACGCCCGCGAAAACUUCACAACCGUGCUUCUCUCGCACGCGCGGCUGUACUCCUUCGCAGACAAAUACGGAAUCGAAGCCCUGCGACUGCUGACCCUCCACAAACUGCACAAAACGCUCGUCGGCUUCACGCUCUACAACGCACGCAUCAGCGACAUCAUCGCGCUCCUCAGAUACACCUACUCGGACGAACACACGCUGGACUACGACAACAAGGUCGACGACCUGCGGGCGCUGGUCUCUGAGUACGUCGUCUGCGAGAUCGAGACCAUUGGGCGCACGAAGGCCUUUCUGGACUUGAUUGAGGAGGGCGGCCCCUUCGUGCGGGACUGGUGGACGCUCAUG